AUGAAUCAAGGUGAGAAUAGUCCAAGCACCUCAGAGGCUGUGCCAGGCACCUCAGAGGCUGUGCCAGAUUUCAUGAAUGUGCCUGUGGGUGCUCUCAAUAGUGAAAUAGCUAUGUUGGUGAAUGUCCUGCUGUUCAAGUAUCGAAUGAAAGAGCCAGUAACAAAAGCAGAUAUGCUCAAGGUUGUCGUCAGCGAUUGUGAAGUCCACUUCCCUGAGAUCCUUCUGAGAGCCUCUGAGCAACUGGAGAUGCUCUUUGGCCUUGAUCUGAAGGAAGUGGAUCCCAUCAACCACUGCUAUGGCCUUUUCAUUAAAUUGGGCCUCACCUAUGAUGGCAUGAUGCAUGGUGAAGCAGGCGUGCCCAAGACCGGCAUCCUGAUACUUGUCCUGGGUGUGAUCUUCAUGAAGAGCAACCGUGCCACCGAAGAAGAAGUUUGGGAAGUUCUGAAUGUGACCGGGCUAUAUUCUGGGAUGAAGCACUUCAUCUUUGGGGAACCCAGGCAGCUCAUCACCAAAGAUUUCGUGAGGGAAGGAUACCUAGAGUUCCGGCAGGUGGCCAGCGCUGAUCCUGUGCAAUUUGAGUUCCUGUGGGGCCCCAGAGCUCAUGCCGAAACCACCAAGAUGAAGGUCCUAAAGUUUGUUGCCAAGAUUCAUGGGACUGACCCAAGUUCUUUCCCAUCUCAAGAAGUCCCCUUUCUGUUCUUGCUUUCAACUUUUGUUAGUUGGGACCAGAGCAGAAUUAGCUAUGGCUUAACUCACGACACCACUGAGAUAAAACAAUUUUCA